AUGUCUACCGGCGACCACACCGCCCAUCCUCCCGACUCGCAAGAUCGCGACAAUGACGACCUUCGAUUUCGACGACCGCAGCGAAAUGGCCAGGCGCAGAACAUGGCCUACCAGUCGCGAAUUCCUACUUUAAGUCCCAGGAAUGGCGCUCAAUCCCAUAUCACGUUUAGCAAUACCAGGACGCUGAAAGGCGCAUUCCAGGCUGCUGCUGCUGACAGCCCACCCGCGCCCGCCAACAAUGACCAUGAAGUGAAAACCCCUCCAAGACGGCUGAUCGGGAGGGAGAGGAAAAUCUCCGGACCGUCGCUAAUGGCGGAGGUUUCAAGUCCCCCUCCGGACGAACUGAUCGAAACUUAUCAGCAGAUUCACGACGCGGACGACCUGGCUGAAUAUGUCGCUCAGGACAAUUACGACCCUUCCUACGAUCUUGGAAGACUGGAUCGGACACGAAGCCCGUCCCCGAGCCCUAACGCGACGCGACGUGAAGACGAUUAUGCUAGCACCGGUGAUACCAAUGACUCCAGUCUUAAUUUCAACGAUAUUUCAGACGAGUCGCUGCGGCAAAAACCUGCUCAACAUGCUAUGGAUCAAGCCCGGCUGAAGCGUGUAACACAGCGAGAAUCCCCGGUUUUCAGCAAAGCUAAGGUCGGGCUCAAAGCUGCCCUGUCGUUUGAAAAUCUACAACGUCGGAAUGAAGAGGAAGCGCUUCGCGAAGAUGUAGAACCUUCACCCAACGUUCCAAAGACAUGGGGUUUGCGCGGGCGGGUGUCCAAGGAUUGGCUGAACAAAGCUAGUCGACCCAAUGGGAAUAAUCACGUUGAUGAGGGGACUGCGCAGUCAACGGACCAAGCACUAGAGCAUGAUAUCGAUUUUACUGCUAGGUCGUUACAGAUUUCUAGUAGUCCGCCUGUGCGAAACAAUCCACCGGCAAGGAACGAGAUUGAAAAUUUCAUAAACAAACCGGUGGUGGAAAAUAGGUUAGGGGGCACCGAAAGGAGGGCGCCGCAGGAGCAGGUCCGAUUUUCAAUAGAGGGAGACCCUAUACCGAAUUCUCCCGUUACUAUAUAUCGAGAGACAGAUCGCGAAAGGCAGAGACAUUUAUCUAAAAACGACCCACAGGAACUUUUACGAACACUUUCGAGAAGAGAAAGUCCAAGUGUAGCCAGCACGCCAGAGCAGACCCCAGCUGAUACCACUCUCCUCAACGUUAAAACACCAGUGGUGACUGGUGCAUGGAUAGAUACUCCGGCACCGGAUCGUACCGCUGAACCCCCACAAGAUCCUUCUCUUGAAAUUAAUUCCCCGAGUGCCGUGGCGGCUCCUAACCAUCCCAGAAACAGACGUUUAGCAGCGACAGCAAAGCGCCGGCCAGAAAAGCCGCCGGAAGAAAACCCACCGCCGGAAAAACCGCCGCCAGAACCGCAGGAAGAUGCAAGGCCCAAACCGAAGACGAAGCGAGCUUCUUCAAAACCAUUAAAGAAGCCCAAAUUACCGCGGAGUGCGUUGGAGGCGGUGAUUGAGGACGCGAAAUCCGAAAAUCCUGGCCUAUUGCUUGGGGAAAGCACCAUUGACUCGCUACAAGAGUUGCUUGACGAGAACUCAACUAUAUUAGAUUCUAAGCCCUUUAUCAAGUCUGAAAGCAACGAGGAAGAGGGGGAGGAGGAUGAGAAGGAGGAUGAGGCCAAGGACAAAGCCUCUGAUCAGACAGACGACGCCGUCGUUGAACGGUUGAAUAAAAAACUCCAAUCUCUUGUUCGGAGUAUCAAUGCAACCCAGACAGGACUAACAAGCCUCGAACGCCAAAUCGCCAAGGACGCCAGCAUUUUAUUAUCGCGGACUACCAAGCAAAGCAAGAAACCACACCACCGCCAUACAGAUUCCUCCUGUGACAUCUGUGACCUCCAUAGCGAUGGCCGUCACUACGUCACGUUUCCCUUACCUCGACUCUGGUAUCGUCACCCAGACACCAAUCGCCUUCGCCCCACACGCCUUAGCUGGAUCGUGCUCGGAUUUUUCACCUGGUACUUGGCGGAACUGGUUAUGUGUGACUAUUACUGCCAUCCACUAUAUGCCGCGACGUGCGAGCGGAAUUGUCUCGAUCCUAACGCGCCGCGGAUGCCUCUGGUUAUACCAACCAUGCUCUGGCGCUGGUCGCACCUCUCAGUUAUAUUGAACCCUGUGUGGACAAUCCUGGUUGCGGGAUUCCGAUUCAUAGCACAGCUCCUGGGUCUCUGGGACGGAUUUUUCGACAGCCCUCCUGGUGGCGAGUGGCCGGUUGUAGAUUACCAGCACACUAACAUACCCGCACAUGCUCCGAAUUUUGAAUUGUUUGAAUCCGAUAUGGGGAUGAUGCAGGAUGAAUUUGUAUAG